CUGAGAUGGAAACCGUCCAGGAGCUGAUCCCCCUGGCCAAGGAGAUGAUGGCCCAGAAGCCCAGAGGCAAGCUGGUGAAGCUGUACGUGCUGGGCAGCGUGCUGGCGCUGGUCGGCGCCGUGCUGGGCCUGGUGGAGACGGUGUGCAGCCCCUUCGCCGCCGCCAGCCGUCUGCCCAGGCUGCUGGACCUCAUUGUGGCAAAGGUGGGCAAGAUGGCGUAUUAG